UGAAUUAAAUAAAUAAAUCUAAGUUGAAGAUGAGAAGAAAGAAAAAAGAGAAAGAAAUAGAUUGUACAAUAAUUAGAGCAGGCGGUACAAUCUAGUUUGCCAGCCUUACAGGAUACGUCUACCAUCAUUCUUGUUUCCCUUCUUCGCAUAUUCAAUGUCGGUUCACGUCUCAUUUACUUCUUAUUAUUUCCUACGCCGAUUUCUCCCAACUUUCCUCUCACAAAUCCAGUAACCCUCCAAUUCCUUUGUGAUAUAUAAUCGUCUCUAACAUUCCACACCUUAAUUUUACUGUAGUGGAGACUUCAUCGAUAGUACUUGUAUCUAUUGUCACUCACCGUUAACAUCAGGAAGCUAUAAUUCUGCUAAUUCGAUUACUGAUGUCGUGCUCAAAUUCGUCUUUGCUGGCAUUGCCAACAGAAGGAGAGGAUCAGAUAAUGACCUCAAAUGCUAAUCCAUCCGUACCUACUCAGCAUCAAAGUCGGGGUUCCCUGCCCGUUCCCGUAGCAAUCCUUUGGGACAUUGAGAACUGUCCCGUGCCAAGUGAUGUAAGGCCCGAGGAUGUGGCUGGUAACAUCAGGAUGGCAUUGCGGGUUCAUCCUCUUAUUGAUGGAGCUGUCACUACUUUUUCUGCAUACGGGGAUUUCAAUGCUUUCCCCAGGCGACUGAGAGAAGGUUGCCAGAGAACGGGUGUCAAGCUUGUUGAUGUUCCAAAUGGUCGAAAGGAUGCUGCUGACAAGGCUAUCUUGGUUGAUAUGUUCCUUUUUGCUCUCGAUAACCCUCCACCGUCUCCCAUCAUGCUUAUAUCAGGGGAUGUCGAUUUUGCCCCUGCUCUCCACAUUCUAGGUCAGAGAGGAUACACUGUCAUCCUUGUUAUUCCCUCUGGGACUGGUGUCUCGUCUGCUCUGAGUAAUGCCGGGAGGUUCGUUUGGGAAUGGACUAGUGUCGCUCGUGGGGAAGUCUUUGUGCCCAAUGUUAAGGGAUUAAAACCGCCUUGUGAAGGUCCAGCAGAAGUUACCGGGCCUCUAAUGGGGUGUCAGGUCAGUGAUGGUGUCGAAGGCCAUAACGAAGAAGAAUCAAUAGUGUAUCGAGGAGCUUCAAGAGGCUGUUACAGUAAUACCAAAGAAGUUUCAGUGGUCUCGCAGUCUCUAUCUGAAUAUAGUACGAGAUCGAUAGUGAAGCUCCAAAAUCCCACAACUACAAGAUCGGAUGGUCUGCCAUUUGGACUUAAUGAAGUUUCAACGGGAUCACCUGCUUAUUGUGUGGAAAACGACUUGAUGUGGGUGCAGCCGGGAGAUCUCAAUGGUUUGAAGGGCCAAUUGGUGAAGUUGCUUGACUUGUUUGGUGGUGUUUUGCCUCUAACUCGUCUUCCGGCAGAGUACCAGAAGAUGUAUGGACGGCCUCUGUAUGUUUCCGAAUAUGGUGCUGCUAAACUCGUAAAUCUCCUGAAAAAGAUGGUUGGUGCAAUCAGUGUCGAGGGGAAGGGCCAGAGGAAGAUUGUAUGCCUCCGUAACCCAAAGCCCGAGCCAGUUGGUCCUACGCCCACAGUGAUUUUAGCUAGGCGGGAAAAGAAAGGAAAAGCGGCCGUGGAAGAUAGCAUUGACAUAAUGAUUGAAGCUGGUUCUUCCGAUGAGUUGUCAGACGAAGAAAGGUUGGCUAUUGAGGAAAACUGCGGUAAGAGAGGAGGGGGAGAGAAAUUUAGCUUUGAGAUAACGGAUGAUUCACGGGUUAUUGAUAACCUCAAAAGGUUUAGAUAUGAGCUCCAAGACAUCUUGGUAAGCUACUCUUAUCAAAUUUUUCUUCAUUGCUUUGAGACAAUAUAUCAUCAAAGAUACAAAAGACAACUUGAUUAUACGAACUUUGGAGUGAGUCAUCUAGGAGAGCUUCUUGAAAAGGUGAGAGAUAUUGUGGUGGUGCAGGUGGACCCAGUAAGUAAAAGAAAAUUUAUGAUUGCAAUCGGUGCAUAGUUGAAAAAAAUUGCAUGGCCCAGGUGGGGGUCUUUUCUUCCUCAUCGUGGUGGUUGUUCUCCAUUACCUUGUAGUUUUAUUUGGGAAGUGGAGAACGGGAAAAGUGUGUGCAUUUCCCGUUCUGUCUAACACAGUAUUGUCGUAUUUUAUAUGGAGCGGUUACUUUAGUAUUCUCAUCGCAAACACUGAAUCUGAUCAGCCCAAAUGGGGGAUCCUUUCUGUAUAUUAGGUUUUGGCUUGAUUUAAUCACAUGCAACGCGAGGCCACAAGUUGUUUUCGUUUA